AUGGAUCAAACUACUUCGCCGCACGUAGCAACCACUGUAAAUGAAGUUUCACAAAACUACGUAGCUGAGGAAUCAGCGAAUAAUCGACUUCGAUUGUUCGGAAUAUGUCAGAUGAUGACACGGGUGUGGAAAUCUGGGAAGUGUUUGACGAAGAGGAAGAAGAGGGGGCAGAAAAGAAGAAAUCCAAGGAUAAUGGCUACUUUUUUAGCACAGGUGAAUCUGAUCUCUCUUGAGAAUGUACUGCAACCGCAAUUUCGUCCUCUGGAACGUAAGGCGAUUUUAUCUGUCUUGGAAGAAUGUUCGGACAUGUUGACAAUUUAUCAACAAACUCUAAAAUCUCCUGUAAUUAAACAUGACGUUCAUAUAGACUUUGUUCCACCAGAAGUAAGACGUUCGACUGCUGCAAGCGUGAGAAUUUUUGGAUACGAUCCUCUGACAGCAUUUCAAGACAUAGAUAAACAAGCAGUUUUCCAAAAAUUAUCCGAUGACAGCUCAUACAUCAAGAAUCUUAUAGAGAAUAUAAAAGAGUCUAUCGAUGAAACAGGACGCUUUGAUAUAUUGCCUCAAGAAAUUGAAAAAAUCCUCUCCGACGAAAGUGCAGAAAAUGCGUUAUUGUGUAAAAGUGAAGAAACUAAAAGAAUCGUAAAAAAGAUACGCGCGGCGAUCGUGGAUGAAGAUAUAAAAAGCAAUCAGGAAAAGAAACAGCUACAGGACACAUUUAUACGUCUACAGGGCGACAUGGAACAACUGAAAAUAAAAGUUGUCGCAGAGUCCAGAUACGUAAAGGGAUGGGAGACGGCUCGUCGUGAACAAAACUCCCUACGAUUUGACAUCGUUCUUGACCGAUUAAAUACCGUCCUGCAGAAUUCCGCUGUCAAAAUGAAAAAUGAGAGGAGAAUAACAAGGGAGAUAGAAGCUUUCCUGCUGGAGGACAUGGCUGCUAACGAGAACGAAAUGGAAUACUGGAAAGCGGAACACCGUAAAGAGGUGAAAAGGUACGAGGGGAUGAUCGACGAAUUGCACAUCGAAAUAAACGCAAUAGAGAGCGUCCUCGAGCACCUGAGGGAAGAGUACAGGGAUAGGCAAGAAUUCAUAGACACCUACCUCGAGGAAAAAGAAACCUUGAGGAAACAAAGGGAAUACGAGGAGCUCGUCCAAAGGAGUGCAAUCAAAAUCCAAGCUUGGUGGCGAGGAGUCAUGGUGCGCCGGAAGUUGGGGCCGUAUCACGUCGAGGAGAAAAAGAAGAAGAAAUCGAAGAAAUAA